UGCGUAGUGGUUCAGACUCGAGUCCCGUUUCCCGCCAAACUGUGUGUGGGGUUCCUCUUCCCGCUGGUGGUGCUGUCAGGCAAACCCCCUGAAGUUCAUGGAGGCUUUUGACCCCGCCGAGCUGCCCGAGCUGCUCAAGCUUUACUACCGGAGGCUCUUUCCCUACUCCCAGUACUAUCGCUGGCUCAAUUAUGGCGGAGUGGUAAAGAAUUAUUUUCAGCAUCGGGAGUUUUCAUUCACAUUGAAAGAUGAUAUAUACAUUCGCUACCAGUCUUUCAACAACCAAAGUGAGAUGGAAAAGGAAAUACAGAAAUUGAAUCCAUACAAAAUUGAUAUUGGAGCAGUGUAUUCCCACAGACCCAUUCAACAUAAUACAGUGAAGCUAGGGGCUUUUCAGGCUCAGGAAAAAGAGCUGGUGUUUGACAUUGACAUGACAGACUAUGAUGAUGUGAGGAGGUGCUGUAGUUCUGCAGAUAUAUGUUCUAAAUGCUGGACCCUUAUGACAAUGGCCAUCCACAUCAUAGACAGAGCUCUAAAAGAGGACUUUGGAUUUAAGCAUUGCCUCUGGGUAUAUUCUGGAAGGAGAGGUGUUCAUUGCUGGGUGUGUGAUGAAACAGUCAGAAAAUUAUCCUCAGCAGUACGUUCUGGGAUAGUAGAAUAUCUAAGUCUUGUCAAGGGAGGAGAAGAUAUGAAAAAGAAGGUUCAUCUGAGUCCAAAAAUUCAUCCUUUCAUCAGAAAAUCAAUAAACAUAGUAGAAAAAUAUUUUGAAGAAUAUGCCCUGCUUGGUCAAGAUAUUCUUGAAAAUAAAGAGAACUGGAAUAAAAUUCUAAUGCUUGUUCCUGAAUCUCUUCAUGCUGAGCUUCAGCAAGGAUUCCAGAAAUUUCAUAAUUCUGUUCAGCGUUGGGAACAUUUGAAACAAGUAGUGAGCACAUAUCGGUCUGUCAGAAAUGAGAAAUUUGGACAGCACAUAGAUUGGGAAAUCAUGCUACAAUACUGUUUUCCUCGAUUGGAUAUUAAUGUUAGCAAAGGAAUCAAUCAUUUAUUGAAGAGUCCAUUCAGCGUUCAUCCUAAAACAGGUCGUAUUUCUGUUCCUAUUGAUUUGCAGAAAGUGGAUCAGUUUGACCCAUUCACCGUUCCCACCAUAAGCCAAAUCUGCCAUGAAUUAGAUAUGGUCUCCAGUAAUGAAGAUGACGGAGACAAAGAGAAUGAAGCUGAACCUGAUACCAAGCGUCGCACUAGAGAUUAUAAGAAGACCAGUCUGGCUCCCUAUGUGAGAAGUUUUGAACAAUUUUUGGAAGAACUAGAUAAAUCCAGAAAAGGAGAACUUCUGAGGAAGAGUGAUGCACAGAGAGAUUUCUGAAGACUACGACUCCUUUUAUACCAAAGUGAAUUUCUCUGACCUUCAGCCAAUAGUUCAUUGUAACUAUAUAAUAAUAUACUGGACUAUACACAAUAUAAUUAUUGGGUCAUAGUUUACAAAUAUUAACAGCAGUUUAUAUUGAAAAGGUUCCUAAUACCAUUAAAAAUGUAUUCACAAGUAUAAGACAGUACCUGAUAGAAGAGAAUUUGGUGAUAGAUUUAAUAUCAUUUUCAAAGUACAUUCUUUUUUUGGAGAGAGGAAUCAGAUUUUCAAAGAUUCCCAUUCGUUAGCUUUCUGACAUAAUUUGUUUACAACAAAGUAGAUACUUUUAUUUAUUUUAUUUUUUUUUUUUUGUAACAAAAGUCUUUGCUUUUUUUACCAAAAAAUAUUUUAAAGGCAACUGAGUAAUAAUAUAUUCAAGAUCCUAAUUUUAAUUCACUGGAAACAGUGAAGAGAUUUUCCUGGUAAAGGAAAUUUAUCCUUAAGUGUCAGCCAGUUAAGCUUACUGAUCUCAUGUAUGUUCUGAAUCACAUCAGAGCUUUUCUGAGUUUCAGUUGAUCAGCCAUUCAUAGUCCCAGUUCUCAGCCUUCACAAUUAAUGUUUAAAUAGCACACAGAGCCUUUUUUAACUUUUUUCCUUUUUUGAAGUUUUUAACUUACACUCUCCUUAUACAUGAGCCUUUCCAUACAGAACAUAGAGUAUUGCAUGUGAAACUGAAUCUCCACUUCAUACUGCUUUUUAAAAUAAUAAAUCUUACAUGUUACUUUUCAAA